GUGGGGAAACCAGAGGAGUUAGCAGCCAUUCCCACGACUGAUUCUCUCCCAGCUGACACAAGGAGUAUCUCAGAUUUUCACACGUAUUUUUGUUUUUUUUUCUUCUCAUCCGGGACCAUGAUGAUCCCCAGCGUCCUUGCGCCUCCUGCCUUCUACCCGGGGCUGUACCGGCCGGCCGCCGCCCUGCCGUUCCACCACACCCACCAGUCCGGCUUCCAGACCCACUCCAGCUUUCUAGUGGAGGACCUGCUGCGGAUAAGCCGGCCCGCCGCCUACAUUAACCGGACUGUCCCCUCGGCGUGCGCCUCCCUGCCGACGGCCACCACCACCUUGUCCUUCAGCGGCGCGCCCGCCGAGCGCCCGAUGGCCGCGACUGCGCUGACGCGCGAAUCGUGCUCGCCGAAAAUGUCGGUGUCGAGCAGCAAGGACCCGACUUUUCUCAAGUUUGGAGUGAGCGCCAUCCUCGCACCGUCGCCAAAGACCGCGUCAUCACACCCUACUUUCCACAGCCUGCACUCCAAGACCUUCCCCAUCCCUUACUUCGACGGCACCUUUCACCCCAUAUUCAGGACUCCUUAUUUACCAGGUAGGCGCAACUUUCCCGGGCUUCUCCAUCUUCUCCAUCUUUUUUUGCCUUUUCAAAUAUGUCUGAACUAAUUGCUUCUAAACCUAAAACACACUCGCACCGUGUUUUUUUUUUUUACCGGAAAAGAAGAAAUCACUGUCUUAUUAAUGGGGGGCUGUGGCCCCCGCCCGGGCGCACACACCCACCCCUAAUUAACCAAUUAUCCCAAAUCGUCACGCUCUAAAUUUGAGGCGGGGUGGCGAGUUAUA